AUGCCUACUCUUAGGAGAAGCACACGCCUCAAGAACUCUGAGGAUGACUCUGAAAAUGAGAUACCCCGCCGUCUAAGAACGCCCGAUAUAUUCCUUGUCCCCGAAAUCUUGGAAGCUAUUCUUCUGCGUCUGGACAUGCACACAUUGCUGAUCUCAGCUCGGGACUCAACUCGCGUCGGAGACAUGGUGCGUGGCACUGCCCCUCUAUUGCAUCGGAGAAGAGAGAAAGGGCAUACUUGCGCCCCCGAGGCAAGCUGGCGGCGGAUGCUCCUUCAGCAACCUCCCACCUCGAUCGUCCGCUUCUGGAACCCCGAGUGCCUUUGGGGUCCCUAUUGGCAUGAUCUGCCCAAAGAUCAGAUGGUCAAGACUGGGGCCGAGUGGACACCGGAAGGAGACUAUCUCCGCAUGGAGAACGUCGCAUAUGAGGUCGACACAGGAGCGAUCUCGGCGGGCCCCUGCCUUUCCUAUGCUGGGCAGAUGCCGAGGCCCUGA